CACAGCCCCUGACACAUAGAUGCAUGCACACACAUUUCCCCCUGCAUCCUUGAUGCCUUAUUUGUCUGCUCUCAUGACUGCAGCAGCUCAACACAACUUCACACCUGAUAGGAGCUCCACAGAACAUGACAGUAAAAUCUUCCAUCAUCCCUGACCCAACGUCCUCACCCCUCUCUUCCUCUCUGCUGCUGUUGUUCUAAGGUUUUCUGCACGUGCGAUAGUAAAUAAUUCAUUGUCAGCUACGUGGCUGCCUACAGGUCCUAGUGCGGAGAAAUCAGCCUUACUCGUCAUUCUUGCAGUGUGCACUCUGGCAGCGGCCCCUGAGAGAGAGAGAGACUGAGAGAAAGAUUGCACAGAUCCAAGGAAGCUGCAGAGCACCCACGCCCACCGAGGAUACACAGUACUGCCCUUACUCCCCCUCCUCCCUCCAUUCUUCUCUCUCUCACCCAUCCCCUCUUUCUCAUGCUCAACUCUGCGCUCAGCAUAAUCAGAACUGCUGGGGUUGUAGGCAGGCUGUCCAUCGCCUCUCAACAAGCCACUUGCCACUGAGGAGAAACUUCAAGAAGCUCAUCCACACAGCUUUUCAUUUUCCUCCUGCUGAAGGAUGCUGGAGCUCGGACAGAGAUGGACGAGGCUGAUCUUCUUGUCGCUUCUGUGUCUGUGUCUCUGCCUGCCGAAGGAAUCAGACGCCAGGAGAGCCCCCAAGAUACCCCGCUGUCCUGCGACCUGCUCCUGCACCAAAGACAGUGCCUUCUGUGUGGAUACCAAGGCUAUCCCCAAGAGCUUCCCCCCUGGAAUUAUCUCCCUGACGAUGGUGAAUGCAGCCUUUACCACGAUCCCAGAGGGAGCUUUCUCCCACCUUCACCUACUGCAGUUCCUGCUCUUAAACUCCAACACAUUCACCAUGAUUGCUGAUGAUGCCUUUGCUGGUCUGUCUCACCUGCAGUACCUGUUCAUUGAGAACAAUGACAUCCAGGCUCUCUCAAAGUAUACCCUCAGAGGACUCAAAUCCCUGACUCAUCUAUCUCUCUCAAACAACAACCUGCAGCAGCUGCCAAGAGAUCUCUUCAAACAUCAAGACAUCCUCACAGAUUUAGACCUGCGGGGGAACUCCUUCCGCUGCGACUGUAAAAUCAAAUGGCUGGUGGACUGGAUGGAGAAGACCAACACUUCUGUUCCUGCUAUCUACUGUGCCAGCCCCUUUGAAUUCCAGGGACGCAGAAUCCACGACCUCGCACCUCGAGACUUCAACUGCAUCAGCGCAGAUUUUGCUGUUUAUGAAACCUUCCCUUUCCACUCUGUGUCAGUGGAGUCCUUUGAGUUCAAUGAGGAUCAGUUUGUGGUCUUUGCUCAGCCUGACUCAGGGUUCUGCACCUUGUAUGUAUGGGAUCAUGUGGAGAUGGUCUUCAGGAUGUUUCAUAACAUUACCUCCCGCUCUGCUGUGUACUGCAAACCAGUGGUGAUAAGCAACAGUCUUUACAUGGUUGUUGCUCAACUUUUUGGUGGAUCUCAUAUCUACAAGUGGGAAGAGGACCCGCAGCGCUUUGUAAAGAUCCAAGACAUUGACACCAUUCGUGUGAGGAAGCCCAACUUCGUGGACACCUUCCAGCUGGAUGAAGAGUGGUACUUCGUAGUAGCAGACAGCUCAAAGGCAGGUUCCACCAGCAUUUAUCGCUGGAACAGCAAUGGUUUCUACACCCACCAGUCCCUCCAUCCCUGGCACCGGGACACCCAUGUGGAGUUCGUUGAUGUUGGGGGAAAGCCUCACCUCAUCCUCUCCAGCGCCUCUCAGCCGCCUGUGGUUUACCAGUGGAACCGAGGCCAGAAGCAGUUUGCAUUCUUCUCCCAAAUCACUGAGCUAGCGGAUGUGCAGAUGGUUAAGCACUUCUGGGUGAGGAAGGUUCUUUACCUUUGCCUCACGCGCUUCAUAGGUGACUCCAAGAUCCUCCGCUGGGAAGGGCAGCGUUUUGUAGAGAUCCAGACUCUUCCAUCGCGGGGCUCCAUGGCAGUGUAUCCUUUCACAGUGGGCCUCCGUCAGUACCUCAUUCUCGGAAGUGAUUUCUCCUUCUCCAGAGUAUACCUGUGGGAUGACCUCACUCAGCGCUUUCAGCCCUUCCAGGAGCUUAACAUGAGAGCCCCGCGAGCGUUCAGCUUGGUAUCUGUCGACAACAAGGACAUGUUGCUGGCUGCCAGCUUCAAAGGCAACACCCUGGCCUACCAGCACCUGGUGGUGGAUCUCAGUGCUAAGUAGACACGCUAAAAGAGCGAAAAGGAGGCGUGUCUAAGCAUUCAUCAACAUGUGCCAAAUAAAUGAAAGACUGCAAAAUGUUUAAGCCAUGUAACUAAAGGUCACCUGAUGUUUUAAGCGAGGCAACUAAUUAAAUGAUUCAUCUAUUUUUAUGCACUGUCCCUUAACAUCUGAAUGAAAUAAUGUGAUAAUACACAGCAUCGGUAACAUGCCAACAUAAGUGUCAUGUCAUUGCUUCUGUUCUGCCAACCAUAUGUUUAGGCCAAUUCUUUUUCAAAAGUACUAUACUGUAUUGUAUACUGCACUUUAAUAAUGUGAAAGGUAUGUGCAUGUGCAUUGACUGAAUUAUUCACUGGAUGAGACUGAAUAUUGUAACUGACUUUAAAACUAUAAAAGUUUCGUAAGUUGCACAGUGUAGUCUAUUUGUGUAGCAUUUUGCAUGACACGGUAAGAAAUGAUAUAACUAUGUAAAACAAGCAAUACUCACCAUUUAAAUAGCCUACUUUGAAAUCCUUGAUUAUGUUUAUCUUUAUAUAUGAGAAACCUUCGAAUUUGUUUUAGAUUUAAUGUUCAUUCUGCAAUAAUUGACAUGGGAUCAGAGAGGCAUGAGCAAACUAAGUGAGGGGCCCCAAAAUUAACUGAAAAUGUGAACCUAUUGCUCUUCAGAAUUUAAAUUUUUAAAUAUGAUCCUUAAA